AUAAUUUGGAAUAUGAUAUAUGAUAUAUGAUUAUUACCGUAGGCUGAGAAUACUGUGCUUAAUGCAUUUGUGCACUUAAAGUGCUCACCUGACCUGAUUCAUUCAUUUGUGCAUCUUGUCCACAUUUGAGAAUAGUAUGUCAAAUCCCUCCUUGGGCUUUGGUGUUUGGUUUAAUAUCAUUAAGAUUUUUAAUGUUUUGAUUGUUUAUUUCCAUUUUGCUAUUCUACAUGAACAGACACUUUACCACUGAAUAUUGACCGGAGAAAAUCUGUUUAGCUUCUGGGGGCAUUUGAUGACAGAUAAUUAUACAUUUUGGAAUGUUUCAUGUUAGUUUGCACAUUUUUGAUUUUAUUUUUUAUUUUGUGUCUCUUCAUCACAGCAAGCACAGUGGAGGAGGUGGCAGACCAAGUGGAGGAGGAACAGGACUCCUCAGGAUCCGAGUCAGACGGAAAAGGAGGAAGGCAAAAAAAGGAGAAAAAAGGAGGAAAAGGAGGAAAAGGACGUGGAAGUGAAAUGAAGGAGAAGCAUGGUGGCGGUGGUGGCGGUGGUGGUCGUGGUGGUCAUGGCGGUGGUCGUGGAGGUCAUAAUAAAUGAAGAGGAAAGAAAGAAAUCCUUGAAUCACCAUUCUGUGACAAUGAUUUUAAAGAAUUAAACACGUCUUUAAUAAACUGAUCCAGAAAAAGGCA